CAACCUUAAAGCCCACAGAGUCGAUAUUAAAUGUAAAAUGAAAUCUUUGACUGCUGGGUGAGCACCAAGACUUUGUGUCCUGAGAGAAGCUGUCGCUUACCAUAUAUUAGUGGUCAGGGUGACGAAGAUGCUAAGUACCUGUUAGAAGAAACCUUUCGUGCUCUCACUGUGCCUCUUUCUCUCGUGAGUGGGGAACAGCUCUGUGCUGGCUGUGCUUUGGAUAGACAAGGCAAAUUCUUUCUCGUGAUUAUCGGAUGAGUUUUGGAAGUGCUUGAUAGCACUUAUAUUUCUUCUCUCUCAGGUAAACGUGUGACAUCUCAGGGGGAGUGAAAAGGGACUUUGUCCCCGGCUGUCAGUAAAGUGCAUUUUUUUAUUUCUUGGUUCUCUCUAUAGAUGUGGCAUUUAGGUAACUUGUCUGAUUUUUUAUAUAGGUGCAGAACUAUCACUGCAGUUUUCUCAAUGGUGUUGCGAUCUGCAUGUCGAUAAUAGGCAGAGUGAAAAGGAAUGAAAAUACAUAAUCUUUAUUUAAAAGUCAAUCUAGAAGAUGUACUUAUUGGGGAAGCUUUUAAUCGGUCUUUUGGGAAAACGGAUUUGUUCUUUGUGUUGUUGGUUGGUUGGUUGUUGGUUGGUUUUUUUUUGGUCACCUGCUCUUAACAUUAUUCUGAAUCCUUUUCAUGUGACACCUAGUUCAUUUUAGCCUUUUCUACCCCUUUUUCUUUCACCUGCUGGUCUGUGGUCAGAAAAUACUUGAAAACAUGCUGUUUUGCACCCUUGCUUUAAUUUUGUAAGGAGCAUAUUAGAUUUGUAUGCUGAGUUACUCUCUUGUGGAAAAUGCCUUAGCCACUUGACAGGCCUUCGUUCGAGACCUUAAUGCACAAGCAUCACUUUAAAAAGGAGACUUCCCCAAUGUACUAGCAAGCAAAUCUGUUGAGCUCUGAUGCUGCAGGUUCAGGUGGAAGAGUGAGGAUUGUGCAGGUUCUUGCUUCACUCUGGCAUGCAGAACAUGACCCUCAUGGUGUUCUUGCCCUUUUCCAACUUAGUUUGGGGGGCGUUCUCAGCAUUGCUAUUGCUAGUUAGACAGACUGUCCUUGUUUCGGCGUUGAGUUCGGUAGCAAGUGAGAAGCGCUUUCCAUGGCUUGCCAAGUAAGUGUGCAGGAUUUCAGAUGCAUGCCAGGUUCCCACUGAAUGCCAGAAGUAGCGAUCACUACAGAUGGAGCCCCAAAGUCAACAUGGCAGCGGUGGCUCACUAGUGGUGAUUCAGCAGCCCUCCUUGGAUAGCCGGCAGCGGUUGGAUUAUGACAGAGAGAGCCAGCCAGCAACCAUCUUGUCACUGGACCAGAUCAAGGCGAUCAGGGGCAGCAAUGAAUACACCGAAGGUCCAUCUGUGGUGAAAAAGUCUGGUCCGCGGACAGCACCGAGGCAAGAGAAGCACGAAAGGACUCAUGAAAUUAUACCUAUUAAUGUGAAUAAUAAUUACGAACACAGACCCAACCAUGUGGGGCACGUGGCGCAUCAACAUAACACGAGGGCUCCCGUCUUGAGCAGAUCAACCAGCACAGGGAGUGCGGCCAGCUCUGGGAGCAACAGCAGUGCCUCCUCGGAGCAAGGGCUGCUGGGACGGUCACCUCCAUCCAGGCCAGGGUCAGGCCAUAGAUCCGAUCGGACAAUCCGGACGCAGCCCAAGCAGUCAUCUCUAGUUGUAGAUGAUCUGAAGGGUCCUUUAAAAGAGGACUUGACGCAGCACAAGUUUAUCUGCGAACAGUGCGGGAAGUGCAAGUGUGGCGAGUGCACGGCGCCAAGGGCCCUCCCUUCUUGCUUGGCCUGCAACCGGCAGUGCUUGUGCUCUGCAGAGAGCAUGGUGGAGUACAGCACCUGCAUGUGUUUGGUCAAAGGGAUCUUCUACCACUGUUCUAAUGACGAUGAAGGGGACUCUUAUGCGGAUAAUCCCUGCUCUUGCUCCCAGUCACACUGCUGUUCUAGGUACCUGUGCAUGGGAGUGAUGUCCCUGUUUCUGCCUUGCUUGCUCUGCUACCCUCCUGCAAAAGGAUGCCUGAAACUCUGUCGGGGGUGUUACGACCGCAUCAAUCGUCCAGGGUGCCGAUGCAAGAACUCCAACACAGUCUAUUGUAAACUGGAGAGCUGCCCUUCCCGGGGUCAGGGCAAGCCCUCGUGAUUUUUGGAGGGAGGUUUACUUUCUCCAACUUCAGUUUUUCAGGUUGUAGCUCAUUUUGUCUCUCUCUCCCCCCCUCCCAUUUCGGGGGAGGGUGUUCUUUUGCUUCCUUUCUGUCUCCCCAAUUUCAAAUACACACGUUCUUUUUGCAUCUUUGCUCUCCUCUUCCUGUUGGCUGAGUGUGGAGCAUUUUACAUAGUCAUUGCUGCUCUUUGGUAAGUGUGGACCUGGAAUCUGCAUCUGCCACUCACUUUGGCAGGGUCUUUUGAGUUUGUAACUGAACCACUCCUGAAAGAGACAGUGAGGGCUCACUGGGCUCUUGAAGCUUCUCGCUCUGAAUAUCUUCCCAAAGAUGUUUUUCAUUCUCAGCAAUUUUGUUAUUUUUUCCUUAACCCCCUGGGUACCAGGGAAGAACAACUUUCAUGAGUGAGCUGGAUUGUGAAAUAAGUUUUUUCUGUAUGUUCUAUCUGGAGGGGGAUGUAAAAAGAAAGGCUUUACCAAAUGAAAGGCCUUACUCUUCUAUAAGCAGCCUGCUUUUUGGUUUGUUUUUUUUUUGCCUUCCCUCCUCUCUUCUUGUCUCAACUUUUUAAACAUUCUCAGUCCUGAGAAUUACCCUUUUUUUUUUUUUUUUUUUUUUUUUAAUUUUUUACAUUUUCAAUGUAACUUCAGUUUUUGCUACACUGUGUAGAUCUUCACAUUGGAGACAUUAUGGCUGCAACAUACUCAUUUGUUUCUUUUGCUGUCAGCUCUUUGAAGGAUAUUGCUCACUCCACCCUCCUAUUCUUGUUUUUAUAGUCUAUCAAUAUCAGUUGGUAUUAAAGUUGGUGGUGUUCAUGUAUCCAAACAGCCUUCAGGUGCCCUCGAGUCACCUAACUGUUCUUGAAUCCUUCUUGUUUCUUGUGAUCCUUCAGUUUAGUGAAUUUAGCUCUGCUCUGUACUUUAUAAUUUUAUUCUGUCUCUGUUUUAUUGCCUUAGCCACAAAUUGUGGUCCUUUUUUGUAUAUUUUAUGUAUAAAACACAAAGUUGAAUCCCAACUAUUUUUAAGACAAAAGUCUGUUAAAACUUUUUUAUUGUAAAGAAUAUUUAUUAUGUGAAUCUCUAUUAUUUUAUGAUAUUUAUUGCAAAAGACUUCGAAAAUGUACUCAUGUCUGAAUAUAACAAAAUAUCAAUACUUAACGAAAUAAGGGUGACACAAAGAAAGUACAUAUGUUAACUAUAAUGCAGAAAAUAUAUUAAUUAAUGAAAAUGGCUCUUGUUGGUUUGUUACAAUGACAGGUUGUGAGCUAUAUGUGCCUGUGUUGCUGGGGUUUCUCCUCCCUGCGGGUCUGUCAGGUGGCAAAUAACUUCCUAUUGAUACUUCAAAACCACUAGUCUGUGCUCUAGUUUAGUUUACCUGAUUUUAGGUUUUUUACUAUAUAUCAAGUCAGUUUUUUGCUCUGGGAUAUUUAAUACAGUUGAAUGUAUACGUUGUGUUUAACAGUGCUAAGAAGUCCAGGCCCUAUUUAUUUACCAAAGCAUUCAGAAAUAAAUACAGUUGUGGGGGAGGAAACCAUAACUUCAAGCUUUUUGUUUCCUGAAGAAUACCAAAUUAACCUGUAAGCCUUUAAACCUAUUUUAAAUUUUCCUCUAUAGAACUUCUUGGCUGGUUAAAUUGUACAACAAUUGAAGUAAUGAAUCUACCAAAGUCAAACCUAAAUAAAAAGGUGAGAGGCAGGAUAAAACAACAAUGGUUGUGUUCCUGCAGUUUGCUAGUGUUGAAA